AUGGCACCAUCAGCUGCAGUGAGCAAGAGAGAUGACGGCCCGUCGACAUCCGAAGAUUUUGAUUUAGAGAAGACUGCCGAAGAGGCGAAAUCUUUGAUUGAGAAAAUCGUCAGAGAUGUUGGCAAAAAGUCUGCAACCAGACAACUGAUUUUUGGUUCGGCGUCUGGAUGGGCAACUGGCUUUAUAAUGAUGAAAUUGGGUAAAGCUGCUGCAUUCACAGUCGGAAGUGGUAUAUUAGCGCUUCAACUGGCCAAUUCGAGCGGUUAUAUAAAUAUUAAUUGGGAUAAAUUGACCAGAGGUGUAGAGAGAGUGGCCGAACAAGUCGAAGGGAGUACAAGUGACAAAAAGCAAGGAUUAUUGAAGAAGGUGGGGCGCUUUGUCGACAAGAAACUUGACAAGGCUGAGGAUUUAUUAAGGAAGAAAGAACGCAAAGCUAAACGUUGGUUUAACCGUAUAUCUGGUGAUGAGGACGAGUUUGUUUUUGAAGAGAUUCAUGUAUUCUUAGCAUCUUAUUUAAUUGGCCUUGUUCUUGGAAUUUCUUGUGGCAUAGUGGCUCGCUGA